GCCGUAGCGGGCGGCGUCGGGGCGGCCGGGCUUCCGCAGCGUCCAUGCGGCGCGCCGGUCUGGGCACGUCUCACGCCGGCGCGGCCCGCCCUUGGUCCCAGCGGAGAGGUGGGAGUCGCAGGGAGCUUGUGGUGGCUGCUGUCGCGCACGUAGCCAGGAAGCGGGGAGCCACACGCAGCCCCGCCUGUGCGAGCCGCCCCGCGUGGGGCUGGCGCCGCGCCCUCGCCCCCAGCGCCGGAGGAAGGAUUGAGUUCCUUCUGCUUAAGUUCAGAAUCGCCCCCUCGGUCCCCCACGCCCCGGACAGGAAGGAUAAGCGGGGGUGGGGGUGGGGGGGUAAUGUGGCCUAAGGGGGUGGGUUUUCCGCAGGAUUUCCCUACCCACCCCCCAAAUUAGGUGAUUUCUCAGGCCCGACCCCCUGGCCUUGCUGGGGUCCUGUGCCAGGAGCCUGCCAUUGGGGCGUGGCCCCUCCCGGCGGCAGGUCUCAGCCGCUGGGCUGGUCCCCUGGGCAGAUGCUGCGUCCCGCUGUUGGGCUGGAACCCGCGGGCUGGCGGGGAAGGGGCGGGAGAGCUCGCCCGGACGGCGGGGACAGGUCCUGGGGAAGAGGGGCCCGGGCCGGAGGGUUAUGGCAAUGGGCUCCCCCGCGGGCAGCGCCCACGUAGGUCUCGGCUGAUCCCAGGGAGGAGGGGGCUGGGGACCUGGCUCUCCGGAAACUCUUUAUACUUAAAUUUAUAAACAAAUCAUUAGCUAAAGUCAUCCCUUUUUUUUUUUUAAACUUAAACGGACUUCCUGACUUCAAACUGUAGCCAUUGAGCGCAAAUAGAAUCUCUUACAUUUGCGCUCAAUGUGAAAUGGAUUAUCUUUUCCUAAGCACGUUCUGUUUUCAGAGUCAUCUCGCUAAAAACUAAAGCUCCAGCCAGCCGUAUGUUUCCUCUCCCUAAAAAAGCCUUGAGCGGGUCCUUUCUACCCAUACCUUUGAGAGCAGGACUGAAAAAUAGACAGGCUUAUGAUUGUGCCUCUAAGGACAAGCUCAUUGUCCUCUAAAGAAAAAAUAUUUGUGUUAUCUGGAUAGCUGGCUUACCCUUAGUAAUGGACCCAAAAGCUUUCCAGGAACUGAACAAAGCUGGUGGAGCAGAAUCAGUACUUGAGGACUGUGCCGAGCCAGCUCAGCCAGGUUUGAAUACACGUGCAAACAGGAUGCAGUUGACCAGUGAGAAGUUGCCCGAGGACCCCCUCUAUACCUCUCUAUUCCAGGAUGCUGCCAGGAACUACAGCUUAUUACAAUGGACAAAGGACAAGACUGACCGUUACAGCCAUGCUAAUUUGGUGGAUCAGGCAUUGCAGCUCUUGAAGGAGAGAAUAGUAAGAGGGGAUGCUAUGGCCUAUUUCCUGCGAGGUCAACUAUAUUUUGAAGAGGGAUGGUAUGAAGAAGCAUUAGAACAGUUUGAAGAAAUCAAGGACCAUGAUCAUCAAGCAAUUUACCAGCUGGGCGUAAUGUAUUAUGAUGGGCUGGGGACAGCUGUAAAAGCUGAAAAAGGAGUGGAAUAUAUGAAGAAAAUAGUUGAUUCUCCAUGUCCCAAAGCAAGACACUUACAAUUUGCAGCUGCUUACAACCUUGGAAGAGCUUAUUACGAAGGAAAAGGCAUUAACCGAUCAAUUGAGGACGCUGAGAGACUUUGGCUCUUUGCUGCGGACAAUGGGAAUCCAAAAGCCAGUGUGAAGGCUCAAAGUAUGCUAGGGUUGUAUUAUUCAACGAAGGAACCCAAAGAGCUAGAAAAGGCAUUUUAUUGGCAUUCAGAAGCAUGCGGCAAUGGGAACCUGGAGUCCCAGGGUGCCCUGGGGCUCAUGUACUUCUACGGACAUGGCAUCCAACAGGACACGGAGGCUGCCCUGUACUGCUUGCGGGAAGCCGCGGAGCGUGGAAAUGUCUACGCCCAAGGGAACCUCGUGGAGUAUUACUACAACAUGAAGUUCUUUACAAAGUGCGUCGCCUUUUCCAAAAGGGUUGCCGACUACGAUGAGGAGCAAGACAUCCCGACGAUAGCCCAGGUCACGGACUGUCUCCCGGAGUUCAUCAGCAGAGGCAUGGCCAUGGCCUCCUUCUACCAUGCCCGGUGCCUACAGCUUGGCUUGGGGACCACAAAGGAUGAAGCAACCGCUAAACAAUAUUAUUCUAAAGCUUGUCGUCUGGAUCCUGCAUUGGCAGAUGAACUUCACUCUUUACUUAUUCACCAAAGAAUUUAGACCAUAGUGCGUUUCAACAAAGAUCAUGUGUCCUAAUACCUUCAAAUGUGAGAAGCGGCCUCACCUGGAAUGUUUUCUAGCAGCUUCUGCUGGGCUCUCUGCUUUGUUUCCUGGCUUUGUUCUUUGCUUCUGAUUUUGGUCGGUGGUGCCAGUUUCCCAUUUGGCCAAAAAGCAUCCCGGAAAACAGUGAUGUAGUACACCAGCAUCUGCUCGCUGAAAAUCCAGUUCACUGUGUCCCGAAUUUGUCUUUUAAGAGAAAUAUAUUUCUUGGAUGAGAUUUUAAACAAUUUUUAUACUCUGUUCUCAAAAGGCAUUUAUCAAUUAUCAAUGAGUAGGUUAAGACACAGCCUGGUCUAAAUGUUUGAUGAAUAAGCUAGGAAUGGCUUUUUAAGCUCUGGCUCUGAGUUGGUUUCUAUGUGGGUAAUCCUGAAUGUCCACUUAUUCCUGGAGCUUGCAUUUUCUUUGGUGCUGACUUCUGUGGUAUCUUUCACUGAGAGACUUAUCUGUCUGAAGCUUGCAACUGUCCUCACUGUGCUCAGAACUCAAUAUACCGAUUUCUCCAUGAGGUGCUAUCGGCUGGAAACGUAAGUCGCUGAAAGGCGGUUAAAAGUGCCUGAAACAUCCCGAGUCCUGAGGUCUUUGGCAGGUCACCCGGGCAGAGUCCUGACCCAGGGACUCAUGGCACGUGCUCACGAGGCAGGAGAAAACCGGGCACCCCUCUCACCACAAGGUGGAGGACCCUAGAGAUACACUCUCUUCAGCCAUUUCCAGUUCCCGUGGGAGUGAAAAUUGGGCACGGCAAUAAAUAAAAGGCCUUUAUCUGCAACCAGGUCUCCCACACAACCCUGUUUCAUCAGUUAUCAGUCAACGUCUAACCAAUUACAGGGCUGCUAUCAGGAGACAAGUAACCGUAGUUGAGAGAGCCCGAGAGUGGUUGUUCAUUGGGAAUAGGAAGUCUCUUUGUUGAAAAAGGGGGAAAGAAUCAUUUUAGAAGUUAGUGCCAGAAAGACCUGAAAUUUCAAACUCAAUUCAUGAGUAAUAAAUUUAAAAAUCAGACUUACCAACCCAAUUUUUAAAGGGACAAUGUAAGGUUUUGAGACUGCACACAAUAACCAGUCACUACUGAAGUCUCCCCUCCACUGGGAUCACAGUGUUCAUUUUUUGCACCUCUCAUUGCUUAGAACUUAAAUGCAAUGCAUAUCUAGACCAAAUAAAGUAACUCUAUUAACUUAAUGGGCUUGUGAUUUAAGAGAGCCUGCCGCCCCCAUCAGCCUAGGAAGAAUCUACAUAACAAGGCAGACGCCUUGUUUCCUGUCACCUGCCUUUGGUGCUGCAUGAAGAAAUGAAUAAGAACAUUUCAAUUUGCAACUUAAAACUGGGUAAGUGACUCUCACCAAAGGCCAUCACCUAAGUCUUUUCUAUCAGUUUAGGUCUGACUUUCUAUCAGCCAAAACCACAGGAAGCUUUUGAAGCAAUCCUGGUAUGUGGAAUUAGAGUUGUACAUGGCAGGUACUGCUGCUGAUUUCUAUGAGACAUCAUCAGCUAAAGGCAAAAAAGCAAAGGACAAGCGGGCAGGGCCUCCAUAUUCCUCCACCUGAUAAAAGGCCAUUGAGAGGAAGAGCCUGGACAGCCUACAGGUGCCUCUCCACCAGCCCACUGUGCUCACUGACAUUUCAGAGCCACUGUCUACAGAAGAGAAAGAAAAGCAUGAAUAACUUGCUGAAACUGAAAAUAAAAACACAUUGGCAGGUCUGAGUACUGAGGACAAUAGGGCCAUUUUGGAAAUGUCAUUAUCCAACGCCUAUCAAUACUAAAAUCAAAUUUUGACUCAGACUGAAACUUAAAGAGGCCAUGUUUUCUGAUUAAAACAAAAGCCUAUGAUAGGAGCUAAAAAAUCACCAACACCAGUUUUUAAAAAAAUCUUAGCAAUAAACAGAAGAAAAAUUUUGUUUAAGACCAAGGAAAAUAUAUGUGCAAAUGAAUAAAAAGAUAACACGUUUUUUAUUUUCCAUAAACGUGUAAGAUUUAUAUGAUAAAACUAUCACAUUAACCUUGUACAUGUUUGACAACAAAACUAGUCUUUCAAUUUGAAAAAUCUGAUUUUCAUCUUAAAAUAUAGUUGCUGUACAAAAAUGUGAUUUUUCCCCUUAUUUUUAGCAGUCGACUCACAUUUUUAUUGUGCAACAAAGCCAUAAUGUUUGUCUCCUGGAGAAUACUAGAUAUGGAGUUAAACUUUUAUGUAUAUAGAUAAUGGAAUAUUAAAAUAUUCACAUGGCUUAUAAUAGUGUUAUAUAAUGCACACACACACCCCUGAUGGAUGCUCAGAUAGUAACAAGAGGAAUUACCCUUUUAAUGUUACCUGACUCCAAAAAAAUGGUUUGCAUUUCCUUCCAAGUACAUAGCGGCCACGUGUGAGGCUCAGCCUACUUUUAUUUUGGUUUAGAGUCUAAACCUUAACCUGCCUCCCAUCAGGUAACACAGAAACACUGUACCCAAGACACUCAAACUGGUCAUCACGCUCAGAAGAGAACUUUACAGACUCUCCUGACCUCGUGGACCAGAAUGCGGAGCUAGCCCAACCAUUCGUCAGCGGGCUCACCAUGCACUCUGGGAGAGCGUCUUCAGCAAUCUGCCUUCCUAGCCAAUCUCAGAAUCGUAUCAGAAACAAGGAGAGAAAAUAAGAUACCUUCAGUGAGAAAGAUGACUGGCUGCUAUACCACAGCUAAUUUGACGAUUAAGGCAAAGAGUAGGCAUGAAUUCAAAUAUUAAUUUUGUGCAACUCACUUGUUGAUGGUUCUUCCAAAAGUGACCUGAACGAGAGCAAUUAAUGUUCUUCUCACCCAUUUAAACACUAAAAUGUAAGUCAGAGGAAAAGUAUUAUCACAGGAGAGCACAACGAUGAACGACAUUUUCAUAGCUGCACAAGCACACACUUCAUCAUGGAGCUCAAUCGCAGGCCUGACGCAAGCCAGGGCCAUGGUAUCUGCAGGAUGCGGGUCUAGGUUAGCAAACUUCUGCCCAGGAAAAUCUUACUAAGCUUGCAUUUUCUGCUUAGCAACCAAUAAGAUAAAACCUAGGAGUUUUUACAGCUUUUCAAUACCCACACAACAGCUGAGCUAACAAGUGGAAAUCACACUUAUGUCCCUGGGCUCCUGACAACGGUCUGUUUUCCACCAGCAGACAGAUUUCCGUCUGGCUUGUUGCCCAAUUUUCUAACACUUCUCUGAAUGAGAAACGUGUAGUCAGAUGUCCACAAAUAUGUGAAAUAUUCAUGAACGGAGGGGUCUAACUGCUCCCAUUUGAGCAGUAGUUUGUAGAGCACCAUGCACUUUUGUAUAUUUUACGCCUUUGGGGGAAGAGCAGGAUCCUGAGCCAUGAGUUCGGUCCUCUCCUGCUGCCUGGAGAGCUGGGCAAAGCCGUCUCCUCUGAGCCUCAGUUUCCUCAUCUGGGAAAGGGCAGUAGUAACAUGGGCGUGUUUUGGCGUUGAGGGUCUUACCAGUAUUUUGUGUGAAAGAGUGUUGUGAAGGGUCCUACAAAUCUAAACUUUUAUGAUUUCUAUAGGUACAGAAUUAAAUAUAAACAAAAAGAAGACAAAGUAAUGCUGUGAGGACAUUUUAGGUCUGCAAGUUGGAGACUAAACCAAUUUGCCAUUUAUGUAUUCACCUUCAUUCAUUGAAACAUUUAGCUACAGACACUCGAGCAAAGGAGACACUCAGACUUGACUUUAAUGGAGCCGAGAGUUCAGGGCUCCUGUGCCGGUUAGAAAACCUAACGGAGUAAAUGCACAAGCCCUCUGUGCAGGGAAGCCACAAACACACGUAGACCUGGUACUAGACGUCAGAACAGUCUCCGGUCAUUUCUAACAUUUUAAAUGGCUAAAUGACCAGUUAAAGUAGUGUUGUUAAUCCUUCAAGUAAGAUUCAAGUCCUGGAGUCGAGACCAUGCCUUUAAAAGCACCUUAAAUUUCCGAUGGCACACAGGGCACACUGCCAGCUGGUAGACCCCAUAGCCUGAGGCUGCCAUUUAGGCUGGGGAGCCUGCCUGUCAGGGACGGUAACUCACCCGGCCUCUCUAGGGCAGGAGAGAGGUGGCACCUACCAGGGUCUGAGGACAUGUGCAUCUCAAGAAAAAAGGCCUGUCAGCCGACUGCUUAUAUGUGUGUAAAAGGCUGUAUUAUUACUGGUUCCUUUUUGCAUACUCAACCAGAGCAGGAACCAAAAAUGGCCUUGCUCCAGAGUCCCUCCCAUCACUGAUCCCUGCUUACUCUACCACUUUUUCCUGUCUUCCCCCCCCCCCCCCCCACCUAUGUACAGAACAGCCCAAUGACUCCUUCCUAGAGCUCCUUUGCUCAAAGCCACAGAGGCAGCUGCAGCAACACUAGGAUUUUGCUGACGGCAAAAAUACCACAUCUCAUUGUAAAUGUUCUAUUUCCCCCCCUCGGAAAUGUCGCCGCAAAACCAAAUAUGCAUCUGAGCAGGCACAUGAUGGAGGCCCGGCUCCUGCCCUGACUGGCUCUGGCAGAUCCACCACAGCUGAUCUCUGCAUGGGAAGGCGAAGAUGCCGGGAACAGGCCUCACCACUUCAUGAGCCGGCUUCAUGAGGAAGAGGGAGACUUUGGGGGGAGGGCUAGUAUUUCUGACCACCCUAAACCAAAAAAAUGGCAGUAAAUAUCUUAAAUGUCUGAAAUAUGGAACAGCUGUAGCUUUUUCAUCUGAAAGGCUCUUUAAUAUUUGGGUGAUAUCACCCAAAUUUACCCUCCACUUCUGAUAUUUAGCUUAGUUCCAACUUUUCAAUAUUGAAAUUUUGCUAAAAAUGAACAUCCUUAUAUAUAAA